AUGGCUUCUCCGUCAGAGAAGCAGCACCGCAAGAGCGUCGAUACGCUCUCCGAAGAUAGGACGGCGACGGCGACGCCCGAUGUCAAUAUGACGAAAGAAGACAAGACGACUUCUGACGACUCGAGUACGUCCCCGGACGGCAACGAGCCCAGCGACGACAAUGGCAAUGGUCUUACGCCGCAGCAGACCAAUGGCUCGGAAGUCUGGGUCGCCACGACCAUGUCGUUCCCCCGCGAGGCGCUCUUCGUCGGCAUUUGUUGCAUGGCUCAGUUCUGUACCCAGGCCGCAUACAUGGAGACCCUCGUCCUCCUUCACGUAAUCGGCAGCUCUUUUAACGUCGACAACCCGGCCCGCCUGGCUUGGCUGGUCGCGGGCUACUCCCUCACAGUCGGCACCUUCAUCCUCUUCUCCGGCCGCCUCGGCGACGCCUUCGGCUAUAAGCGCAUGCUCAUCAUCGGCUUCUCCUGGUUUUCCAUCUGGUCCAUGGUUGCCGGCCUCAGCGUCUUCUCCAACUUCACCCUCGCCGUGUUCUCGCGAGUGCUGCAGGGCAUCGGCCCGGCCAUCUGCCUCCCGAACGCCCUCGCCCUGUUCGGCGCGGCGUACCCGCCCGGCCACCGCAAGGCCAUGGUCUUUUCCUUCUUCGGUGCCGUGGCCCCCAUGGGCGGUGUCGUCGGCGCCGCGAUCGCCUCCGUGCUGGAGCUGGAGUGGUGGCCCUGGGCGCUGUGGGCUCUCUCCAUCUGGCUUGCCGUCCUGGCGGUCGCUGGUUUCUUCAUCAUCCCCGAGCCGCCGAGGAAGAUGGGCCCGCCGCGGGGGUUCAAGGAGUUGUUCGUCGACCUCGACAUCCCCGGCGCCGCGACCGGUAUCGUCGCCCUCGUGCUGUUCAACUUUGCGUGGAACCAGGCGCCCAUCAUUGGGUGGAAGAACGCCGAGGUUCUGGUGCCGCUGAUUCUGGGGCUCAUUUUGUUUGGUGUCUUCGCGGCCAUCGAGUUCAAGUUCGCGCCCAAGCCGUUGCUGCCAUUCGACGCCGUCAACGCCGACGUCGGCUUCGUGCUCGCGGCGGUCGUGUGCGGCUGGGCGACGUUCGGCGUUUGGACGCUGUACCUCGUGCAGAUCCUGCAGGAGAUCCGGACCCUAUCGCCGCUCCUGACGUGUGCGUGGUUCUCGCCCGUCGUGGUUAGCGGUGGUAUCGCGGCCGUCAUCACCGGCAAGCUCCUCGGUCCUCUCAAGGUCCGCCCUGCGAUCGUCAUGACGAUAGCGCUGGUCGCCUUUACAAUCGGCGUCAUUCUCACGGCCACUGCCCCCGAGAACCAGAUCUAUUGGGCGCAAAUCUUCGUCUCCAUGAUCAUCAUGCCUUUCGGCAUGGACAUGAGUUUCCCCGCCGCCACGCUGAUCCUGUCCAACGCCGUCAAGAGGGAGCACCAGGGCAUCGGUGCCAGUCUGGUCAACACAGUGGUCAACUACGGCAUCGCGCUGGGCGUCGGAUUCGCUGGCACGGUGGAGGUGCAUGUCAACAACGGGGCGGAGACGACCGAAGACAGGUUUAAGGGGUUCAAGGGUGCGUUGUACAUGGGCAUUGGGCUUUCCGGGCUGGGUCUGGGUGUCGCGUUGAUGUUUUUGGCGAGGGAGUGGAGGAACCGACGGGCUGGGAAGCCUGGUGGUGAAGAAGGGGCCGCCGCUGCGCCGGAAGGCUCAUGA